CGCUAUUACAGGGUUGCAUGUCAGCACUGUCAUUGUCGAAAUGGACUGGCAACCCUAUCGCCGUAACAUAAGAGUUCAUUUUGGAUUGUAAAAAAGUGCAAAAAAACUAAAUUUUACGCAUAAAUAAUUAGUACAUAGUGUAAUUAAAAAGCGCUUGUAUACGCUUGUGGCAAUUUCUUGUUUAUUUUCAUAUUGUGUUUUCAAUGCUGUUGGGCCAAUCCAUUUUGUCCUCCACUUACCAAUACCAAUUCAAAAACAGUUAAGCAAACAAUCCACAUCCUCCCACACACACAAACACACACAUACACACACCAGCAGAGAUGUCGCUCAAGCCAAAAAGAGUGGAAUUUGUUGAUGUUUGGCCGCGCUUGCGUCGCAUGGCUGAAUCGGUGAUAACGUUGAGACAAGUGGAUCGCGCCGUCUGGAACACAAGCUUUUCCGAUGUCUAUACAUUGUGCGUGGCACAGCCUGAACCAAUGGCCGAUCGACUCUAUAGCGAGACAAAGCAUUUCCUUGAUUCUCACGUCGAGAUGCUGGCCAAUAAGGUGCUGGCAAAGCAUGAUGCUGCCAAUGCCAAUAACACGAAUAGCAGACCAGAUCUAUUGCAACGCUAUUAUACUACCUGGAUGGAAUAUAGUCAGGGCAUUAAAUAUCUUCAUCUACUAUACAUUUACUUAAACCAGCAGCACAUUAAAAAGCAAAAGAUCACAGAUACGGAGGCAAUUUAUAGUAAUCAGUCCAGCGAUGCUGCCGAACAAAUGGAAAUCGGUGAGCUUGGCUUGGACAUUUGGCGCAUGCAUAUGGUCGAGUAUUUGGCGGAGGAACUGGUGCGUCACAUAUUGGAGGGCAUUGCUGCAGAUCGGGCUAGCAAUGGUACACUCGAUUCGCAUCGCGUACAGGUCAUUAAUGGCGUUAUACACAGCUUUGUUGAGGUGCAGAAUUAUAAAAAGACAGGCUCAUUAAAGUUGUAUCAGGAUUUCUUCGAAGGGCCCAUGUUGCAAGCCAGUGGCACAUAUUAUACGAACGAAGCCAACAAGCUGCUACAACGUUGCAGCGUUUCACAGUACAUGCAAGAGGUUAUCAAGAUACUCGAAUGUGAGAGUAAGAGAGCGCAAAAGUUUCUCCAUGUGAGCUCGUUGACAAAGCUGCGCAAGCAAUGCGAAGAGAAAUUUAUCAACGAUCGUUUGGGCUUCAUAUAUUCAGAGUGCCGAGACAUGGUGUCGGAUGAAAGGCGUCAGGAUUUACGCAAUAUGUACAUUGUACUACAGCCCAUACCCGAUCAUCUAAAAGCUGAGCUGAUACAGACCUUUCUGGAGCACAUCAAAAACGAAGGGCUGGAAACGGUGUAUGCCCUCAAAGGCGAGAAUAUACACAUUGCUUUCGUUGAGAAUAUGCUGAAAGUGCAUCACAAGUAUCAGGAGCUAAUUGCCGAUGUCUUCGAAAAUGAUUCGCUAUUCCUUAGCGCGCUGGACAAAGCCUGCGCCAGCGUCAUCAAUCGACGUCCCAGCGAACGGCAGCCAUGUCGCAGCGCUGAAUAUGUGGCCAAAUACUGUGAUACACUGUUAAAGAAAUCGAAAACCUGCGAAGCGGAAAUCGAUCAGAAACUCACAAAUAAUAUAACCAUAUUCAAAUACAUUGAGGACAAGGAUGUGUAUCAAAAGUUCUACAGUAGAUUGCUAGCGAAGCGUCUUAUACACGAACAAAGUCAGAGUAUGGAUGCCGAGGAGGGCAUGAUAAAUCGCUUGAAGCAAGCCUGCGGCUAUGAAUUCACCAAUAAACUGCAUCGCAUGUUCACGGACAUUUCGGUCUCCACAGAUUUGAACAAUAAGUUCAAUAAUCAUUUAAAGGACAACGAAAUUGAUCUGGGUAUAAAUCUGUCAAUUAAAGUGCUGCAGGCGGGCGCUUGGCCGUUAGGCUCGACGCAGGUUAUACCAUUUGCAGUGCCCCAGGAAUUCGAAAAGUCCAUCAAAAUGUUUGAGGACUAUUAUCACAAUUUAUUCAGCGGUCGCAAGCUAACCUGGCUGCAUCAUAUGUGCCAUGGCGAACUGAAGCUAAGCCACCUUAAGAAGUCCUACAUUGUGACUAUGCAAACGUACCAAAUGGCGAUAAUGUUGCUUUUCGAGACCUGCGAUAAGCUCAGUUGUCGAGAGAUACAGAAUACGUUGGAAUUAAAUGAUGAAACGUUUCAGAAGCAUAUGCAGCCGAUGAUUGAGUCCAAAUUGCUAAAUGCCAACUCAGAGAAUCUCUCGGGUGAUACGCGCAUCGAAUUGAAUUUCGAUUAUACCAAUAAGCGUACGAAAUUUAAGAUUAGCUCGGCGUUACAAAAAGAAACACCACAGGAGGUGGAGCACACGAUUAACUCGGUGGAUGAGGAUCGUAAAUUGUUUUUGCAGGCCGCCAUUGUGCGUAUUAUGAAGGCGCGCAAGGUCUUGAAGCACAAUGCUCUCAUACAAGAGGUACUCUCCUUAUCGAAAGUUAGCUUUACGCCUAAUAUCGCAAUGAUAAAAAAAUGCGUUGAAUCGUUAAUUGACAAACAAUAUAUUGAGCGUACGGCUAACUCUGGGGACGAGUAUAGCUAUAUGGCUUAGACUGCAGAUGGCUCGGACGGCUAAUUAGAGAUUAUUACAAAAGAAAAUGCGAGAGGAAAAGAAAAAGAAACAAAACAAAAUAAAACAAAACAAAGCAAAACAAAAAAUAAAAUCUUCACUAAUUGAAUUCACAAUGCACAACAAACCAAACUACAUAUAUAUAAUUGUAAUACCUUGUAAUACAUUAUACCAAGGCAUAUUUUGUUAAAUCUUUUUAAAAUUUAUGACACGCAUUACAACGGCAGCAUCCGCUACAAUAACAACAAUUACAACUAUAGUAUCUCUUCUGCUAAACAAUAAUUUUAACCUACAGGACUGUCUAAGCAAUUCAAUUGAUAUCUUUAAGGUAAUGCUAUCAAUAAUUGUUUGCUUCUGUUUUUUUUUUUUGUUUUUUUUUUUAACCAUUAACCCAAUCAAUCCUAAAACUAAAGGCGUAUAAGAUGUGCGCAUUACUGAUACUUUUAGUUAGUUUAUUUAGUUUUUUAAUAAUUAUUUCGUUUGUGGCGCG